AUGUUAACAAUUGGUUUAUUUAUUGGGAUUGUUAUUUUGUUUUAUUAUAUAAAAAUAUAUUUAAAAAACGAAGAUAAAGAUAUCUCGUCAAACAUAAUGGAGCAGACGGACCAAGAGCAGGUGCGCUGCUCUUCGAGCGAGAGCGAUAACUUCGAGAAAAUAGAUUCUGAAGAUCUACGUAACAACGCAAACCCUCACUUUAUCGUAGGGGAUGAAGGAUCAGAUGUACCCCAAGAGGACGAUGGUCCUUCACACGAGGGAGGCGAUUCCUUCCCCAACGCUCCCCCUCCGAAUAUACGACCAAAGAUGACAUUAGCACAGCAACUGGCUUUGGCUGAGAAGAGAAGUAAACUCAGG